AUGGAGGCAACAACCGCCCUCCAAGACUGGGAGCUUCAGAACAAAAUCGAGCUCAUCGACCCCACCCGCGAUUCUCUCUACAACUUUGACGCCGACAGCCAAAAGGCCCUGCAGGAGAAGAAGCUAUGGAAGAGCGAUCCCAACCACUUCAAGAAGGUGCGCAUUAGCGCCGUCGCCCUCAUCAAGAUGGUCAUGCAUGCGCGGUCGGGCGGCAACAUCGAGAUCAUGGGCCUGAUGCAAGGUUACGUGGAGAACGGCGCACUGGUGAUUACCGACGCCUUCCGCCUCCCGGUGGAGGGCACCGAGACGCGAGUCAACGCCCAGGACGAGGCCAACGAGUACAUGGUUGAGUUCCCGCGGCUGUGCAGAGAGCAAGGCUCACGGCAGGAGAACUUGGUGGGAUGGUAUCACAGCCACCCUGGCUAUGGCUGCUGGCUGUCAGGCAUCGACGUCGGUACCCAGGCUCAGUGGCAGAAGUACAACGACCCUUUCGUCGCGGUGGUCAUUGACCCCCACCGCACCAUUGCCGCGGGCAAGGUUGAGAUUGGCGCAUUCAGGACAUACCCCGAAGAUUACAAGCCCGCUGGUAAUGCUGAUUCGGAGUCCUUCCAGGCCGUGCCGCUGGCCAAGGCGGAGGAUUUUGGUGCGCAUGCAAGUCGGUACUACAGUCUGGAGGUGGAGACGUUCAAGAGCACGCUGGAGGCGCACCUGUUGGAUCUGCUGUGGAACAAGUACUGGGUCCAGACGCUGUCGGCGAACCCACUCAUCACGAAUCGCGAUUUUGGAAGCAAGCUCAUGCAAGACCUUGGCUCAAAGGUCAAGCAGCUCAACUCUACCAUGCAGCGCAAGAGCAGGACCGGCGCGCAGAUGGGCUCUUCUAUCCUACUGGGUGCUGAUAGGGACAACAGCGUGGACCAGAACGUCGACAAGCUCGCUCGAGACGCGAAGCAGAUUGCCGCCAAGGAGAAGACUGGCCUGAUGGCUGUGCAGGUGAAGGCGAAGCUCUUCAAUGAUUUGGGCACUGAGUCGUAA